CCCAAUCAAAACAGCCGAAGUGAACAUCCGCCGAAAUUUGAAAACGCCCUCUAGCUUAGCAGUUGUUAGCAGAUAGACUUAUGAGCUAAGCUUGUGAAACACAUAAUGGGCCCGUUGAAUGAAAAGGAUAUCGAGUUCUAUUUUUUUGAGAACAGACUUAAAACCUUUCAAGGGUGGCCGUUUGACGAAGACUGCGCGUGCACUCCUGAGAACAUGGCCAGAGCUGGUUUUAUCCACACGCCGUCAGAGAACAGCCCAGACACGGCCAUGUGUUUCUUCUGUCUCAAAGAGCUGGAAGGCUGGGAGCCAGAGGACGACCCAGAGAAGGAACACAGAUCCCAUUCGUCAUCCUGCCACUUUAUCGCCCUGAAGAAAAAAGUAGAGGAGCUGACCGUGGAAGAAUUCUUCAAACUCCAGAAGGAGAGGCACAAAUUCGUAGUUAACAAAACUGGAAACGAGGCCACUGCCAAGUUUGAGGAAGCAGCCAGGCUGAGGCGAGCGGAAAUCAUUAAGACGGCCAUGGGAGAGGAGUGAUCCGGGAUGAAGAGAUGAGCUUUCCCUCACUCUGACGAUUUUCUGUUUUUAGCUUCUGUGCUGUUGUGUUCUUAUUUCUUGCUCUUGGUGUAGUUUGUACCAUGUGCUGGUUCAUAGCACUAUGAGGUUUUACAUUAAACUUUUAUUAUUUACAUGGUUUCA